CUGGACAUUUGAAAUGUCGCGUCGGAAACAGUCGCGCCCACGACAUGUGGGUAGUGAUGGACUCUCCCUGGGGGAGGAGACGGACCACCCCGAGGACUUAACCGUGGGGGACCGGGAGGUGGACGCGAGACCUAGGACUGGUAAUGAUUCUGAUAAUGAGGAUGACGACGAUAAAAUCAACGGGACAUCCAGCACGGAAGAGUUCUGUCCAUCUGGUGAGGUCCCUUCCCCGGACGGGUGUGACACGAUCAGCGCGUGCGAGAAGUGUGGGGUGUGUUUCUCGGACAUUGGCCAGUACCUGACCCACAAAAAACUCUGCGGCACACGGAGCCGGAUUCUCAUGCCGUACGACCCGCCGGCAAACGGCUACCUGCAGAACGGCUACGACUUCAGCCGGUCCAGCCUGGACGGCAGUUUGGAGAAGGACUACAGCGACUGCGACGACCGCGACGACAAGGACGACUUCGACAGCGCCGAUGAAGACGUCAGGGCGCGGAACGACAGCACGGACUUUGACGCAGCAGACGACGUGCCCAUGCGCGGCCGGAAGCGGUCACGUGACAGCGAAGAUCUGAAACACGAAGACGAUCUCAGGUACCGGCCGCAGUUCCGGUCCGAUGAACAAUUCCUGCUGGGACUUAGGAACAAGAUGAUCAACUCCUUCAGCAACUUCCGGGACAAGCCCGUGGAGGAGAAGGAGAAAUUCCUCAGCAUCAAAUCAAAAGACGACCAGGAGCUCAGGGAUGACUCGCCGUUCAGACCCAAGCGCCGGAAAAGUUUGGACGCUGCCCCAGAGAGGAGCUCGUCUGGAAACUCCAGCAAAAAUGAGGACCCAGCCAUUGCGUGGGCGCUUAAAGCGGCGGAGAGGGGGAUGUUCGGGGGCAACAGUAACGUGACCUUGGAGCCCCUGGCGGCCACCAGCGCCGCGGUGGCACAGUGCAGUGACACCCUGACACCACGUGACGUGCCGGAUGAGGUGAAUAUGUUCAGGACGAUGCUGUUCCAGCUCCAGCAACAGCAGAUGAUGCAGAUCCAGAUGAUCCAGCAGAUGAGGCGACAACUGAUUGCCAGCGGGGUCAACCCCAGCAUGCUGCCAGCAGACAUGGACCUCAGCAUGAUGUCCAGCGAGGGUCUGGCAUCGGUCGGUGCCGCCAUGUCCGGCCUGCAGAACGCCGCCGCCGCUGUGGCCAGGGACGCUGCCACCUCCUCCAGCAGGUACCACGGGGCGUCCCCCACCCACGGGGGUAGGUCCAGGGAGUCAUCUCCCUCCACGGAGCCCAGUCAACGCCCCGGGGAAGCUCCGGGCUCGCCUAGCUCAGGAAAAACCAACGAGAAAGACUUUGAGAAGCCCAGAGAGGGCGAGAAGAACAAGGACGAGAAACAAAAUGUGUUCGACAUGGCGGGGAAGUAUCUCUCCCCCAACGCCCCCAGCCUGGACGCCCUCUACGCCAAAGACCACGGGCUCUCAUCGCCCCUGACGCGGAACCCCCUGGAGAUCCUCCAAGAGAAAACGGCAGCAUCCCUCUCCUCACUACCUCUUCCUCCCAGCCUCCGCUCCUCCGAGAUGAAAACAUCCUCCAGCUCAAACCUCCUCAACUCCAACGCCCUCUUCGCGAGCUCCCCCUCGCUCAGCGCCCUGCAGAAGGAGACCGAUGCCCUGAAGCCGUCGCCCAUCCUGCCCCCUCUCUCCAUUCCCAUGACGGCCGAGGACUACAAAGGCUACAUCCAGCGAGGCACCAUCUUGGAGCGGUCCCAGUACGCCAGCGAUGACCCGUUCUUCAAACACAAAUGUCGCUUCUGUCACAAGGUCUUCGGUAGUGACAGCGCCCUGCAGAUUCACGUGCGGUCUCACACAGGUGAACGCCCCUUCAAAUGCAACAUCUGCGGAAACAGGUUCUCCACCAAGGGCAACCUCAAGGUCCACUUCGAGCGUCACAAGGCCAAGUACCCCCACAUCAAGAUGGACGCCACACCUGUUCCCGAACACCUGGACCGACAGCCCAACCUGAUGCCCAACUUCUCCCCCACGCCCAUACCAUCCUCAGUCCCACUUCCUCCUCCCAUGCCAAGGCUACCCAUCCCCUCAGCACCCCACCCACCGCCCCCGUCCCCAUCGUCAUCCAACCACACCAUGUCUCCCCACCCUCCACCAUUUUCAUUCGGGGGAUCUUUCCUCCCCUCCCCGGGUAUGUCACCCUUCGGUCUGAUGCCACCUCCACGGGACGGUGCAAUGCACUUCCCCCACCCCCUCAGCUUAUCUCUACCAUCACCGAUGGGCAUGCCCUUCCCACAUGGACGCGAACCCAUGCACAAAAGAGAUUCUCCGAUGAAACCCAGCUCAGAUUCUGGCGUCUUGCGAUCACCCCACAGAGAACCCCACCCCAGCGGUCGAGACAUCUCGCCAUCAGACCCGAGAAAGCCCCACCCCAGCCUGACGAACUAUCCGUUCCCCUUCCACCAGCACCAGCGGCGUGACUCCAUGUCCCGUAGCCAGAACGGAUCUGACAACCACACCAGCGAUGACGACCACCAGGAGGAGCCGGAAGACCGGCGAGCCGGAACUCCGAGUGAGAAGCUCUCGAGGAGCCGUCACGAGUCGGAGAAAAGCCGGAGCCAGUCGCCCGCGUCAAGAAAGUCAACGUCAUCAAAGGUGACGACAUCAACCCCCAUCCCCAGCACGCCCCCACCUUUACCCCGACCCUCGUCUAACCAGAGCCCUCGCCAGUCUCCAGCCUCAGUCAUCAGCUGGGCGUCCUUUGUGUCCUCCCAGUCCCCCAUGCUACCCAGCCACCACCCCACUCUAUUCUCCCCACACCACCCCCUCCCUCCUGGAUUCCCGGGCCUCGGCCUGCCUAUGGGAGGACCUAUGGGAGGACCCCCACCCUCAUUUCACCUUCCCCCUCUAAACCCCAUCCUCCCAAUGUCCGGUCCAAGAAUGAGCGGACACUCCCCAUUCCUCCACCCCCCUCCACCCCCGCCCCCACAAAUCUCUAGUCCAAAUGGAGACGGGUCGAUGUUCAGGAACUCAAUUCUCCCCACCAAAACCAUCGAUCCUUCAGAAAAUCUAGAACAGUACAUGGAGGUCCAGAAGUCUGAGACGUCCAAGUUGGAGGCGCUGGUCAAAAAUAUCGAGCAGAAGAUUACAGACCCGAACCAGUGCGUCGUCUGCCACCGCGUACUCAGCUGCAAGUCCGCCCUACAGAUGCACUACAGAAUCCACACGGGCGAACGGCCUUUCAAGUGUAAAAUCUGCGGCCGAUCUUUCACAACCAAAGGAAACCUCAAGACCCACAUGGGCGUCCACCGAGCUAAGCCGGCCCUGCGGAUGAUGCACCAGUGUCCGGUCUGCCACAAGCAAUUCACCAACGUGCUGGUGCUCCAGCAGCACAUCCGGGCUCACACGGGCUCCAUGCCGCACAUGCCUCACCUACCCAUGCUGCCCUCGCACAUGGAUUGGCCGCACAGAAAUCCGUUCAACCUCCCCCGACACCAUCCCUACCUACCCCCCAUGCACCACGACUCCCUCGACCUCCACCGCGGGCCGCCAUUUCACCCCGGGCACUUCCCCAGAGAACGCCCCCACAUGAUGGAGGGGGACAGAAAACCUGAGGUCCCCCCACGACGAGAGAUGGAAGACCGCGAUCAGGACGGAGAGAAGAAGGAGCGAGAGAAGAAGAGUGACGAAGAACCUGCAAAAGACGAUACCUCCAGACCACAUUCCCGGAACAGCGAAGGUUGUGAUGAUAAAAACAGACCCAAUUCCAGACACUCUCCUGCUAGGAUGGAGCGCAGUCAAAGCUCACCUUUCACAAAACCCAACUUCGAGUCGGCAUUCUUGCCGCCAGCGUUCGGCAACACGCCUUACGACGCCCCGCUUGCCGCUCUAGAGGAACGCGUCAAGGCCAUCGACAGCCAAAUGUCGCAGACGUCCUUUGAGAAGUUCCGCAACAGCAUGGGCUUAGACACGACCUUUUUCCCCAACUCCAACACCAGCCCAUCCAACGGGGAGAAAAACUCAGAGUACGGCUCCGAACCGACCAGCAAACCGGAAAGUCCGGCAUCCGGAAGUGACAUGCCGCCUUACGGUUUCCCAAUGCUCGGAGGCUACGACGGUCGAAACUCAACCACUUGCAAUAUUUGCUUGAAGACAUUCGCCUGCAAAAGUGCGCUAGACAUUCACUAUCGCAGCCACACCAAGUUAAAACCUUUUGAAUGCGAUGUCUGUGAACGGAGCUUCAGCACAAGAGGAAACCUGAAGCAGCAUCUCCUGACCCACAAAAUACGAGAUCUCCCCGACUCUGCUUUUGACGGCCAAGAUCGCGGUGACGACAGCCAGCAGAACAAAGACGACGGUGACGACGACAGCGAGCUGCCUAACGAGGACUACCCGUAUGAGGAAGACGUGGACGAGCUAGCGAUGGACCAGGAUGAAGAUGACUACGAUAACAUGAACGAUGAAGAUUUUGACGAGCCUCCGCCGUCAGACGACCCACCAGCAUCUCCGAAAUCAAACGAUGACUUUCACGAAAGCAACAACAACCUGUCAGACUUCCAAAACCACAAUGGUGAAGAUCUAGACGAAUCGAACGUGGACGACACAGCCGACAUGGAGAAUGACGAGAAAGAGCAGCAGGAAGUAGGUAAACAUACUUUAAACUUGCCAACCUCACCAUCCCAGCUGCCGCCGAUUAAUACCAACAACGGAAGUACGAAUGAAAACAGCCCGCCAUCUUCUUCCGGCCACCGCCCACCCCACAGCGGCGGCUCCUCCAACUCGAGCCAGUCAAGCAACUCCGCCAAGAGAUCGAGCGGGCCCAAGCACCAGUGUAUGACGUGCAUGAAGCCGUUCUCGUCUGCCAGCGCCCUGCAGAUCCACACGCGCACCCACACAGGGGACAAACCUUUCAAGUGCACUGUCUGCAGCAAGGCCUUCACCACACGUGGUAAUCUUAAAGUCCACAUGGGCACCCACAUGUGGAACAACAGUCCUUCACGCCGUGGCAGGAGGAUGUCCAUCGAGCCCCCAUUCCUCCUCUCUCACAUCAAAGACAACCCGUUUAUGCCAACAGGCUUCCCUCCCCGCCCCCCUCCUGAUUUCUUCUACCAGUACCCCCUCCCCAUGAUGAACGGCCCUGGCCCUAAGAUGAACGAGAUUUCUGUUAUACAGAGUCUGGGGGGCGGUCUGCCCAGUUUGCCGCCCAUGCCGCCCCACCUCAUGCACGGGUUUCUCCCCAAAGAGGAACACAAGCUGCACCGCGAGCCUCGCCCCACCCCCAGCCCUCGUGACGAGUCACGUGACGACAAGAAGCCCUCUGUUGGCGAGCUGGACCUCAGCAUGAAGCUCCCCGGCAAGGACGUCUCCCCCUCAAGGUCAUCGUCCACCACGCCCUCUCUCUCAGUCCACGCCCCUGUGGCGUCCCUGGCAACAUCCACUUCCUCCAGCACGCCGUCGCCUAGCAACAAUAAAGAAAACAGCAACAUGGCCGCUUUGGACCUGCGCAACAUGCGGGGCGCCCCGUGGCUGUGGGGCGCCUUCCCCUGCCACCACUGUGGUCAGAUGUUCCCGUCCCAGGACUCUCUGGAGCACCACGUGAGGACGCUCCACCUGGGCAAGUCCGACCCCACGGGCCACGCCAUGUCUAAGACAGAGCCCCACCCGCCUCUCCCGCCCAAAGCACUGCUAGCAUGACAUAAAUACUCACACAGACCUCCGUACUUUUUCUGAUGUACUCAUCAGUUUUACCUGAAACUAUGUACACAUGUACAUAUUUUAUUUUGAUUCGACGUGUACACACACAUACAAUAAUUACGAUGGAUUCGUAUUUGAACAACUAAACAUUUUAUUCCAUUCUGCUACGAACUUAUCUAGACAUUGUGUUUUCUGUGUAUUCACAUUACCGCUUUGAACAGAAAUGUAGUAAGACAAUUAGCCGCAGCCAGGCUUUAUACUGUACAGUGUUAAAAACAAUUGAGGUCAGUGGACUAUCACGUGACCAGACAUUUGUUCGUGAUUUCAAAUUAGCUUUAACAUAUUUUUGUCGUCAUCAAUCACUUUCUUCAAACUACAGCCAAGCCACUUGGUGGAGGGAAUGUCCGCAUAAUAGAUGUACUAGUAACUUUUUCCCGUUUGUAUAUUUAAUGUACGGGUUUGCUUUAUGAGCGAAUUCUACGUAUUAAAUGUGUGUGUCUGUAAACGAUUGCGCCGGUGUGUCUGUUAUAUGCACCAAAGAAGUGUCUGUUUAAAACACAGACAUACAAUCAUACUGUGAUCACAACAAAAAGGUGAAUUUCUAUCUUGUACAUUUUUCCCCUGUCUGAGAAUGAACGCCAUUUUAAAACCAGUAGAUGAAAAAUUUCAAGUGAUAAAUGGCGCUAUGUGAAUCCGGUUGAGUAAGGUUCCUUGAUGUUUGUAAAAAAAAAAGACCUGUUUUUUCUUAUAUUUAAACUUUUAACAUGUGACCUAGUUAUUUUUAUCCCUCGUGCUCUGAUUGGAUCGACCAGAAACCAGUCUGGCAAUACAAAAUGUGUUCUUUGUACAAAAAAAAAAUCUGGCUAUUAUGGAAUGUAUUUUUCUUUUAUAAUGAGUUUGCUUGCAUGUAUGGCUGAUUAUGUAUGAUGAGAUUUAACAAAACAAUAUCAUGUUGGGAAUCCACAAGUGCAAGAUUAUAUUUUAUAAAAGCUGUAGGAGACAAUCUGGGCACAGCAAGGAGUUUUACUUUUUUGUCAGCUAUAAAAAUUGCACUUUAUUAAAAUAGCAAAGGCGUUUGAAUUAGUUGUAAAUUUUAAAUGUCUUAUUUUCCCACUUUUUUUAAAAAUGGCUGUCAUGUCGUUAGUGCAUGCACUUGUAUGCCUGUGUGUAGUUUGACGUGCAUUACUUCAGUUGUUUUAUGUUGAUGUAAAUAGUGUGUAAACCAGAAUCUAGUCUUAAUGUACCAUUUGCUAUUCAUACCUCACACUUUUUGAAAUAAUUCUACAUGUAGAUACUAACCCUUUGCUUAGUUACUGCUAAACGCCUCA